AUGGCUGUUGCAGCCGGCGUCAAAGCAGCUCCAGCGCAGGGGUUAGCUCGGGUUCUGGGAUUGAGGGGCCGUCGGGGAGCAAGAUGGGGGGACGGAGGGGGAACUGCAGCUCCCGGCAGCCUCUGGGCUUCGUGUGAGCGCCCCGCGGGCUGUCGGGAGCUGUGGUUCCGCGGGCGGGCAGCAGCCGAGGCGGCGCGGUCUGAGCGCCUGUCCCGCCCCGCUCAGGACUCAGAUGGGGAGCGCGAGGACUCACCGGCUACGCGCGCUAGGCAGCAGCUGGAGGCGCUGCUCAACAAGACUAUGCGCAUUCGCAUGACAGAUGGACGGACACUGGUCGGUUGCUUCCUCUGCACCGACCGCGACUGCAAUGUUAUCCUGGGCUCGGCGCAGGAGUUCCUCAAGCCGUCGGAUUCCUUCUCUGCCGGGGAACCCCGUGUGCUGGGCCUGGCCAUGGUACCUGGACACCACAUCGUUUCUAUUGAGGUGCAGAGAGAGAGCCUGGCGGGGCCUCCCUAUCUCUGA